UGUCCACGUGCCCCUCUGCAAAGAAAAGGACUCCACCUGCCCGGUGUAGGAAAGGAGGAUCUACUGACCCAGUCGGUUGCAUCCCAACCCCAAAAGAGGCCUUCCCUCGCUAUAAUGCUAGCAUCCGGUGACUUGGCCUCUGCUUCCUGGGAGCUCGUGGUCCGAGUGGACCACCCAAAUGAAGAGGAACAGACUGACAUCACACUGAGAGUGUCCGGAGACCUGCACAUCGGGGGAGUGAUGCUCAAGUUGGUGGACCAGAUCAACAUAGCCCAAGACUGGUCAGACUUUGCUCUCUGGUGGGAACAGAAGAACUGCUGGCUCCUGAAAACCCACUGGACUCUGGACAAGUGUGGCGUGCAGGCAGACGCCAAGCUUCUCUUCACCCCUCAGCAUAAGAUGCUACGCCUCCACCUGCCCAAUGGGAAGACCGUGAGGCUGCGCGUCAGCUUCUCUGCCGUGGUGUUCAAGGCUGUGGGUGACAUCUGUAAAGCCCUGAAUAUUAGACGCUCAGAGGAACUCUCCUUGUUAAAGCCUUCUGGGGACUAUUUUAAGAAGAAAAAGAAAAAAGACAAAAAUAACAAGGAACCUGUUAUUGAAGAUGUUCUAAACUUGGAGAGUUCUUCAACAAGUUCUGGUUCACCAGUAAGUCCUGGCUUAUACAGUAAGACCAUGACUCCCACCUAUGACCCCAUCAAUGGGACACCGGCAUCAUCCACCAUGACAUGGUUCAGUGAUAGCCCCUUGACAGAGCAAAACUGCAACAUCCUGGCCUUCAGCCAGCCUCCUCAGUCACCCGAAGCACUGGCUGACAGGUACCAGCCCCGGACUCUGAUCGAUAAAGCCAAGCUGAAUGCAGGUUGGCUGGAUUCCUCACGCUCCCUUAUGGAACAAGGCAUCCAGGAAGAUGAGCGAUUGCUGCUACGAUUUAAAUACUACACUUUCUUCGACUUGAAUCCUAAAUACGACGCUGUCCGGAUAAACCAGCUCUAUGAACAGGCCAGGUGGGCAGUUCUCCUGGAAGAAAUUGACUGCACAGAGGAGGAAAUGAUGAUCUUUGCGGCACUACAGUACCACAUCAGCAAGCUGUCAUUGUCCGCUGACAUCCAGGAUUGUGCACACGAGUCCGAGGUCGAUGAAGUCGAAGCAGCACUGUCUAAUUUGGAAGUGACUCUUGAAGGUGGAAAAGCAGACACCACUUUGGAGGACAUUACUGAUAUCCCUAAACUUGCAGAUAAUCUGAAAUUAUUUAGGCCCAAGAAGCUAAUAUUAAAAGCUUUCAAGCAAUACUGGUUUGUCUUUAAAGACACAUCUAUAGCAUACUUUAAAAAUAAGGAACUUGAACAUGGAGAACCAGUAGAAAAACUAAACCUUAGAGGCUGUGAAGUUGUGCCCGAUGUGAAUGUAGCUGGGAGAAAAUUUGGAAUCAAGUUACUAAUCCCUGUGGCUGAUGGCAUGAAUGAAGUAUAUUUGAGAUGUGAACAUGAGAAUCAAUAUGCCCGCUGGAUGGCUGCCUGCAUUUUGGCAUCAAAGGGCAAAACCAUGGCAGACAGCUCCUACCAGCCCGAGGUCCUCAACAUCCUUUCCUUUCUGAGGAUGAAAAACCGCAACUCCUCUGUUCACAUGGCUUCCAGUCUUGAAAACAUGGACAUGAACCCGGAGUGUUUUGUGUCUCCUCGGUGUGCCAAAAAACACAAGUCUAAACAGCUGGCCACCCGGAUCCUGGAAGCUCAUCAGAAUGUGGCCCAGAUGUCCCUGGUUGAAGCAAAGCUGCGGUUCAUCCAGGCAUGGCAAUCGCUUCCAGAAUUUGGCCUCACCUACUACCUCGUCAGAUUUAGAGGAAGCAAGAAAGAUGACAUUCUGGGGAUUUCAUACAAUCGGUUGAUUCGAAUUGAUGCCAUCACUGGGAUUCCAAUUACAACAUGGAGAUUCACCAAUAUGAAACAAUGGAAUGUAAACUGGGAAAUCCGGCAGGUAGCCAUCGAGUUUGAUCAAAAUGUCUCCAUCGCCUUCACCUGCCUGAGUGCAGAUUGCAAGAUUGUGCACGAGUACAUUGGUGGCUACAUUUUCUUGUCUACCCGUUCCAAGGACCAGAAUGAAACCCUUGAUGAGGACCUCUUUCAUAAAUUGACAGGUGGCCAGGACUGAGUGGAAGCUGGCUGCCUGCUUGGCCUACUGGACAUGGAGAGUUCUCCCUGGGCACCGUGGCUUCCCCAGUGGGUAGAUUCCAGACUCAUAGAAAAUAUUCACCCAUGGAUACCAGGAUCCUCACCUCACUUGGGCACACUGCUGGCCCAGCCCUGGCCUUACUUUUCCUUGUGCUAAACUGAAGUGUCAGGGGUCUUUGUGGCCUUUUCUAUUGAAGGAGAGGAUGAUACCAAGAUUGCUUUGUGGCCCAGCACAUAGCUAUAUCUUGGUGACCUGCAGUACCUGCUAAACGUUGCCUAGAAGUUAACCUUGUGGGUUUUGGCUUCUUUGUAAGUCAGGAACAAAGACAGAAGGGUAAAAAAAAAAACCAUACACAGCAAAACUUGGGUAUAAAGAGAAAUAGGUCUUUCCUCAAUGAAUCUGAUCUUAGCUCUCAUCUUGUCAAAAUGGCAGAGGGAGCACACACACACACACACACACACACUUUCCCCCUGGAGGUCAAGGAGAUGUAAGGAGAAAUAUAGGGUUAACUGGUCCCAGGAGCCAAAACAGUGAUCAUCAGUGCUGUCUGUCUACAGAGACAACUGUCAAGGUGACUCUUGAUCCAUUGGGUCUAAUCAUUGGCUCUCUCAUGUUACUGCUGCCACCAAAAUCCCCAUUUCGAGGGACCCUUUAUACACAUUAACGUCCUUUCUGGUGGAAAGGGGCCAACAGAGUUUCCCAUGUAGCCGAGGCUGGCCUGAAACUCAUGAUCCUCCUACCACAGCCUUCUGAAUGCUCGAAUUGCAGGCACAGGUGUGCACCACCACACCUGGCUUCUUCUUGAAGACAUGGGUCACACAGGGACACAGGGAGAUCACUUUGUCAGCCCAGGUCCACAUCUCAAUGGUUUGUGCUCUGGACUUGGGGCUCAGGAAGACAGACCCAGUUCUUUGUUCACACAAAAAACAAAUCCCAGCAGCAAGGAUUCCAGGCAGGUCUUCACCUCACUGGCUAGGAAGAAAAGGACAGCCCUGUUUUCAAAAGCACAAUGUCCAAGGUCUAAUGAGCCUUGGCCACCUCAAGAGGCCCCUCUGGCCAGGAUGGUAGGGCAAAGCUCGUCUGUGUCUUCCCCCUGGCUUGGUAUCCAUGGUUAUUAAGUUCUGGCCUUUUCCCUAAACACCUGUGGUAUUAUAAAUCACAAGCCAAUAAGGGACUGGGGGGGGGGGGCGUUCUCAGCUGUUCAUUGGCUCCAUCUGCCUUGUGUGGAGUGUCAGCCUGGUGACAGCUGCUUUGGUUUGGUGGCAGUGGAAAGUGCAGGUGGAUUUUAGAGAAGGUUAAAAAGUGUUAGUAAAGGAAAGGGGUAAUCUCAGAUAUUGUUUUAUUUUUAGAAAAUGUCCUCGUGCCACACAAAGAACCUGAGUUGGAAGGAUGAGGCCUUCCAAUUCCCUUUUCAGUUCUGAGGCUGCGGCCUCAGGGGGGCCUGGCCUGAGCUCAGAGGCCCACAAGCCCCCACUGUGGCUGUAUGUUCCAACACAACCAUCUGGGAAGUGAUAGCUCAGCAAUUCUGGGAGUCACACUUAGACUACCCUGGCUAGGGAACCCCUGGCACUGAGCCAGAGCUACCUUCUGCAAAUUCCCUUCAGCCUUAGAAAGUGAAUGCUUGAGAACCUUCUACGUACGCAUUGAGCUUUUGAGGCCUAGCAUAAUGCUCACAAGUGCUUAAGGCACCUAGAAAAUCUGACUGACAACAGGCUUAAUUUGGAAUGCUUUGUGUAGAACCUACUAUUAAGCAUCCUGUGUUAAAUUUGGUGUUGGUCAUUUCUCUGUAGCCCUGGGUUCUGUUAUUUUAGAACCUUUUAGACAGGUCUCUAAAAUUAUAAUGGACCCCAGAUUAAAAUAAGCACCCCCUGACAGAUGACAGGCAACUCACCCCUGUAAUCCUAGCCAUUCAAGAGAUCUGAGGAUUGCUGUUCAAAGCCAGG